AUGCAUAGACAAGCCCAGGAGGCCUUUCACUUGCAGCAGCAGCAAGCCAGGCAUGCACAGGAUGCUCUUCACCUACAGCAGCAGAUAGCUGAGCAGAUGAAUAGGCAAGCUCAGGAUGUUCUCCAACUGCAACAGCAGGAAGCCCAGCGGGAAGCCCAGCGGAUACAUCAGCAGGAUGAGGAAGCCCUUCAGCAACAAGAACACCAAAUAGCCCACGAGGAGGAUGUUCAGAGAGCAGGUCAACAGGCAGAAGAAGACCAACAACAUCAUGAGCAGGUAGUUCGUGAGCGAGAGGAGCGUCUAGAAGAGGCACUGCAAGAAUACAAUGAUCCGGAAUCUCAAGAGCAGCAUGCUCAGGACGAGGAAAGAAGAAGGAACAGACGGCGAGAACGUCGCCAGCAACGCAAUGCAGAGGAUCAGAACAUCAACCAGGUGUUCGCUCAACGCAUUCCUAUCCCUGAUGGAGGCCAACCAUACACAGAGCCUGAUGAACCUCAUUCUCUUGGUUCUCUCGAUGCAGAGUGUCCCAACUGUCACGCAUUGCACUUUUCGUCUGAACGACUAACCGCCUCCCCCCCGACAUGCCCACGCUUUGGUAUGUGCUGCUUGCAGGGCCAAGUCAGCCUUCCAACCUUUCCAGCAUGGCCACCCGAGCUGCAGCAGGCAUACACAGACCGCACAUUUGUUGAUAAUAUCCGGAAGUACAAUAGCGCUCUUGCAUUCACGUCGGUGGGUGUGGAUCUUGAGCAUCGAGCUCUCCAAGCCUCUGGCCCAAAUGCUUUUCGCAUCCACAGAUCACUUCACCACCUGAUGGGCAGUCUCAUUCCUGAAGCAGGUGUUCGGCCUUCAUAUGCGCAGCUCUAUAUUUAUGACCCAGAGGAAGCCACCAACAUUCGUGCCAUGCGGCCUGAAAAUGAAGGUCUGAACCGUCAUACUCUCAGAUUGUUGCAUGAUAUGCUGUAUCGAAAGCAUCCAUAUGCUCCUCUU